UUAUAUUUUAACUCUAUUUAUUUUAAAUAUAGAUUUAUGUCUUCCUCCUUUUUAAGUUUUAAAUGAUUCAGUUAUUUAAAAUGAUAUUGAUAUUAUAAAUGAUAAAGAAAUUGAAAAAUGGGACACAGUAUUGUUAUUGGAACUGUAAGGGAAGCAGCUUUUCCAGCUGGAAGGAAAUAGGGAGCUGCAUUGGCCCAGGCUCCCAGUCCCACAGAUGCAAGCGAGGGCUGUUUUGAGGUUGAGGUGUAGCCUCCCAGCUUUUAACCUCAUGAGAGACUUAAAAAAUGAAACAAACACUAUGCCUACAGUCAACUGUUUUAUAUAGUACAAAAGUGUUUUGCAGCCACUUUGAGUUUUUCCUUGUUUCUCUCUCUCUCUCUCUCUCUCUCUCUCUCUCUCUCUCUCUAUCAUGACUGUAGUUAUUUGUUUUUAAUAAAUAAUAAUAAAAAAAAAAAUCAAUGCAAUAUCCAUUAUGCAGUUCAUUUGCAUUUGAAGUAUAACAAUUGAAUACAGUAGUCUCUCGCUAAACCAGACUUGUUGGGAGACUCGCCCAGCACAAAACCUGUUCUAAACCAUUGGGUUCCUGUAGACGGAGGACAGUAAUCAAAAUAAACCAGAAAAUAGGGUUAAAUACUGUAUAAUAUCUGUAAACAAAGUGGUUAAUAAACUUGCUGUUUGUAUAGCUAGGCCUUGCUUGUUCCAAACCUAACCUUGACUCCAGAACUUGUCUGACUAGCACCUGCAGACAGCAAAAUGGCAAACUGUUGCUGUGGAAGGGUGUGUGGUGCCUCACCCUUCAACUCUGACACUCCCACCAAAACUCUUGGAGUGACCUGAAAUUACCUUUUCUUUGGAUACUAUUCGGCUACUCUUCCUGGAUUUAGACUUCUGUAUUAAACGUUGACUAUAUACAGUAGUCUCCGCGUGUAGGAACACCUCUUAAGGGAACACUUCGGCUAAGAGAACAACCUUGUGGUGAAACUGAUUUUUCCCAUUGUAAAUGCUCCUCCUAAAGAAACAGGAACUUUGCUUAAAAGAACACCUUUUUGGCACGAUAGUGAUUCGUUCACAGCUGAUACAGUAUUGUUUUGUAACCUAAUAACUCUUCGUCAAACUUAAAUUCAAAUGGUUUAUUCAAUCUUUUCAAAACUGACUUGUUACUGUGACUGUCUUGAGGCACACUGAUUUAGUUUAUUCCAUCUUUCCAGAACCGGCGUCUUCAUUACCUCGUUUUGUAUUGAUUUCCACAUAUGCACCCUCUCUCUACAAAAUGGCAUGUAAACAAAUGGCGAAAUGUGCCGCUGUUUCUCUUGCUACAAAAAGUUUUUAAUUGUUCGAGCUCUUUUAAAAAACCUGAAAGACACAAGUCGCUGAGCAAUUUGGUGUUUCCCAUUCUGGUGAGCUGCUUCACCAUUCUGUUAAAUAAAUUUUGUGCGUGUCUUGAAUAUUGCUCAUGUACAUGUAUUCAUAAUUAAUGUAGAGCUGCUGCUGCAUUUUUUAAAUGUGUAAGGGUGCUGUGUUAAUUUAGCUUGACAGUUUAUUAACAUUAGUUUGUCUCUUACUUUAUUAUUGUAGCUUAUUAACGUACAAUUGCCUGUUGCUUUUUUCUUACUUAUUCUGUUCAUUUCAUAUGUUGAUGCAUGUGCUUCAUGAUAAGUAAUACAUAUUUAUUUUUAUUCAUAUUAUGUCUGAUGGUCAAUUCCGUCUUAGAGAACACUUUGCUUGCUUCCCGGGGUUAGUUCUCUUAGCCGGAGACUACAGUAUUACUACUUAAUUUUUCUUGUGAUCAUAUUGGGAUUUAUCGCUAACAUGCUUUACUUUAAACAGUUAGAUUUGUUUCUCUCAAGAGCUGUCAACCACUGUCCUGCAGAUUAGUGGCAAUGCUUCUAAAAUGCAAUGUUACUGUGUUGUGUGUUGAUGGAAUUGCAAUACAAUUUAAGUUGUGUUCAGCCAAAUCCUGCCAAGGCAUCCCGAGACAUUUUAGAGUUAAAAAUAAUCAGCGGAUCAAAUAAAGCGCUAAAAGCUAGAUAAAAUACUUUUUAAAUUUUGCCUUAACAAAAUAGGUGUGACAUUCCUGAGUAGAACACCAAGCUACUGGUAAGGUCAAAAAGCCAGCAUCUGAACCCCUGCUGCAAAGGAUUUCAAAGUCCACAACUAGUUUAGAGCAGUAAAGCUGGGCUAAGAUCUGGAUGGUGUGCCAUGUGUUGUUGGUCCCACUUGAGAUUCUAGUUGCCAUGUUCUGUGCCAUUUUCAGUCUGCAAAAAGCCUGCAAAGGUAGAUCAAAGUUACAGACUUAUGUAUGCUUUAAUUGUAUCCAUUAUCUACCAUAAAUCUUUGUUUUGCUAGUUCAAACCCUUGGGUAAAGCAGCAGUCUUCACCAAGUACUAUAGAACAGUUGCUGUCUUCAUUAUAUCACCAACAGCUUUAGUACUGGGGGGAUUGACAGAUUAGUGCUGGUAAACGAAAAAAAAACUUUCAACUGACUCUUUCCAUGUCCUUUUCUGCACACCAUAAACAAAGUAAUGCUCCACUUUCAGAGACUAGUACAGAUUCCCCUUUUAAAUUAUGAAACUGAUUCCAGAGACAAAUCAUUUAAGUGGUUUUAGCAACAAAACAAAAAAAAACAUGUUUUCCAAGAGACAGGGUGCUUUACUCAUAGUGGCUGCAAAUCACACUGUGUUUCCCUCCCUUAUAUUUAAAAUAUGCAUUUUUUUUUUUUUUAGAUACUACUACUAUUAAAAAACAAAAAAACAAAACAAAUAAUAAUAUUCUUGCAUGAUAUAUUGUUUUGGUAUGUUUGAAACCUAAAAGCUGAUAUUUAAUUUAGUUUUAAAACAAUCGCUCAGUUUCAGAGCCACUACAUUUUCUUUUUGGUGGGGUAUGAAGUGUGUGAAAAUGGAACUUGCUCCUACAGUUUGUGUUGCAUUAUUCAUUCUUCUGCUGUUUUGGUUUUCUAUGAGUUGCUAACAUUAAGGGAUGAUGGGAUUUAACACUCCUGGGGCAAACAACAAUAAUGACAUGAGCUUUUUUUUUUUUUUUUUUAAUCAUUAAAGGUGUUCAGAUCUUUCUUUUAAUAUAAAGAAUAUUUGAAAUAGUACAUACGUUUCUAAAUUUGGAGCCAUGAAAAUAAUUAUUUGGGUGGUUUGAUUUUAAUGACUAUUAUUUGGAACAGCUUGGCUUGAAGUGCAUGCAAGCAGGCAAGACUCUUUGUCUGUGCUGGGCAUCUUGUUUGACUUAGGAGUGGUAAAUGUUUGAUUUUACUGACCAGAAGUAAAGACAGGUGUGUGUUUUUUUUUGUUUUGUUUUGUUUUGUUGUUUUUAAGACUUGAAGUUGAAGUUAUAUUACUAAUUUGAGAGCAUUCAUAGCUUAUAAUUCCCAGUUAAUACUAGAUACCCUGUGCCUUUAAGAUGUGCCAGUUUUGAAGCGGUCAGUACAAGCAGUACCAUCUCACUGUCUGGGUAAGGCUGUAAACAAGUCUUUUAAUGAGUAAUAGUUACAUUUAUGUGUAAUCUGUUUACCAUUUUUUUAUGUAGUUAUUUGUUAGUUGUUUUACAGCCCUUGUUUAAUGCUGCAGCAUGAUUAAUAUAUCUUCUCCUUUUAAUGGUAAUACAAGCUGCUGCAAGGCUGCUUUAAAUUGUAGCCAUUUUUGUUAAUGAAAUCUGUUAAUGGGAAGUCAAUUUCAGAAACUCCUAAAGGAUCUGAUAGUUGAUAAAGGUACAGAAACCUGAUAUACUUCUGAGAAGGCAAAAUUAAAUAAUUGAAAUGUCCCUUAAAACAUAUAGCAACAAGAAAGAAAAAGGGGAAAAAACACAUAGGGCAAAAUACACAAUUUGGAAGCAUUCUUAUAAGGGAUAAAUUACCAAUUUUCUUUUCAUUUCUGCAGGUGUUUUUUAUUUCUUUUUUUUUUUUUUUACUAUGAAUCUCUAAUAUCACAGCAGCUAUUGAAAGAUUAAUAGCCUGAUUUAUUUAACAUACAAAUGAAUACUAAAGGAUUUACAUAACUUUUUAAAUCUGCUUGCAGUUUGAAUUUGUGUUUUUAUUUUAAGCAAUACAGCAUUGCAUUUACCAUCUUGCUAUUCUGCUGUUAUCCGCUUGAUGACUGAAGUCUUCACUUCUUAUCAACACACAGACAAGUAAAUGCCCACUUUUGUGUGAGGCAAGAUCACAGCUGCAGCUGACCUUGCAAAUUAAAAAAAAUAUUUAAUUACAUCUUGGUCUGAUUACUCUCUUGUUACUUGGAGAAAACCUUUUGAAUAUUGUAAUAGUAGCUUCAAAGACAACACUACUUUCAGAUCAGACUACAGACAUUCAUUUAACUACUGUGUUCUAGAAUUAUAGAAUUAAGACACCCUGCUAAAUCCAGGAUACUAGCCUUAAACUAGCAUAUUAUGUUACAUUUGCUUCAUUUUAGUUGCAAUCCCAUAGUUUUGAAGAAAGUAGUUAAUUUGUUCUAGGAAGAAUUAUAAGAUGUGUAUGAAACAGGACUGUUAAUAAGCACAUACCAGUUAUAAGAAGUAACAUUUUAUUUAAGGUUUCAGACUACGACUGUACCUUUUAUUAUAGGUAUUACCAUAAUUAGGAGAGUUACUCCAACAUACUUUCAUAAGCUUACCAACAGAAUAUUUUAUUAUUGUUCUGAAUGUAUGAAUGUUAAAUGUUUAGCAGCUUAUUUUAACAUAUUCCCUAAGACUGAUGACGCUGAAGCUUUGAUGCAGACACUGUCUCACUUUCUAACAACUAACAAAUUCAAAUUAAUAAUGGAAUGCUUUCAAAAUGUCAAACUUUUGCACACAUUUGUUAUUUACUGCCAUCAAUUUAAAGAAACAGAUUUGUAAAAUUUGGGAUAUUGGUUCCAUUUUCACGUUAAGGGUGGUUCAGAAGCCACUUAAGCUGUUGAUGGAUGUAAUGGAUGGGAUAGUAUGUGCCAUAGAGCAAUGAAACUUUGCAUUCAUGUAGCAUUAGUGAAGCCUAUUGGGGGAAGAGGGUCAUAUGGUUAGCACAUUGGGGGCACUGUCCUAGCAUGUCUAUAGCUGCUCAAAAUGACCACGGUUUCCACCAUGCAUCCUUGCAUAGUAUCCUAUGCAGCAAAUACAUAAGAAUUGCAAGCUUAACGUCAUGGAUAAGGCAAGGGCCCUUAUUAGCAAGGGGCUGCAUUUAUCAAGUCUUUAAUCCAAUUUUUUGUGAAGGAAAAUAUGGUAAUGAUAUUUUUUUCACACUUUUAGCACACUUUCCUAUAAAGACCUAGAUAAAUGCAUAAAAGUGUCAACCAUAUUGUCAUCAAGUUUCAUUGCUCUAUGGUGCCUACCCCCCCCCCCCCCCCCCCCCCUCUCCUUGGUGACCUUUGAACCAACCUGUAAUUGAUUAAAACACACUUCUCUUCAAUUUUUUUUGUUCAAUUAUUUAUUUUAUUUUCUUUUCAAAAACAUAAAUCAUGAAUGAUCAGCAUUUGUUGCUCAUUCGUUGUCUUAUUUUUAUUCCAGGAAAUUCCCUCUGAAGCAGGGAGUGUCUGCAUAUUGAUCGCAGUUCUCUGCUUCAUAGAUGCCACUUCCACCUCUUCUAUCUCCAUGGGUGGUCCUCGCAGUUCUUUUACCGCAUCUUCUAGCCCCACCAUGCACUCCUCUACCUCAGUCACUGAUCGCGCAGCUCUUCAAGUUGACGGCUGCGCUCCGAGCAAGGGGGUAAGUAGCCAAGGGAUGACUGAGGUCCACUGUGUAGAGACGCUGACUGGUGGUGGUUGUAGUGGUGGUGGUGGCGGCAGUGGCGGAGGAGGAUCCCAGCAGCACCAGACGACUCCCUCCAAGAGGCGGACGGUCCUGAAUAUCUCCCCGCCCCCCGAGGACCUGCUGGACAACAGCCGGAUGUCAUGCCAGGAUGAUGGUUGUCCCGACUCGGAACUGAGCAACAGCAUUUGGAUGGAAGACUCUGCCUCCAACUUCAGCAUUAUGAGCUCCAGCUCCUACAACGACAACACAGAGGUUCCGCGCAAGUCUCGGAAGCGUACGCCACGGCAGCGGCCCGGCCCGAAGCCCAUUACAGUGGACGGGGCCAGCCUGGAUGUGUUUGAUGCAGACAGCGCAAAGGGACCUCACUUUGUUCUCUCACAGCUGGGAUCUGAUAGCAAGACUUGCUCCAAGGGAGGCCCUGCAGAUGGGUCACAGUCGUUGGCACAGAAGGGGCCCACCCUGUCUGGCCAGUAUCCCAGUAAAAGUGAGGGCAAAGAGCUGAAGAUUGUAGUGCAGCCAGAGACGCAGCACAGGGCGAGAUACCUCACUGAGGGCAGUCGGGGUUCUGUCAAGGACCGAACACAGCAAGGCUUUCCCACCAUUAAACUGGAAGGUGUAAGUGAGACUGUGGUGCUGCAGAUUUUUGUGGGUAGCGACUCUGGCCGUGUAAAGCCCCAUGGCUUUUACCAGGCCUGCAGAGUGACUGGCCGCAAUACAACACCUUGUAAGGAGGUAGACAUUGAGGGCACAACAGUCAUUGAGGUGUGCCUGGAGCCCGCCAACAACAUGACUUUGGCUGUGGAUUGCGUGGGGAUUUUGAAGCUGCGGAAUGCUGAUGUUGAGGCUCGGAUUGGAGUUGCUGGUUCCAAGAAGAAAAGCACGCGAGCCAGACUGGUUUUCAGAGUCAGUAUCAGUCGAUCGGAUGGGUCGAUACUAACAUUGCAGACUCCGUCGUCUCCUAUUCUGUGCACUCAGCCCGCUGGUGCGCCUGAAAUCCUGAAGAAAAGUCUUCACAGCUGCUCAGUGAUGGGGGGAGAAGAGGUGUUUCUAAUCGGAAAGAACUUUCUUAAGGGAACAAAAGUCAUUUUCCAAGAAAAUGUAUCAGAUGAAAAUUCUUGGAAAGGGGAAGCAGAAAUUGAUAUGGAGCUGUUUCAUCAGAAUCAUUUAAUUGUUAAAGUUCCUCCAUACCAUAAUCCGAAAAUAAGCUCACCAGUUUGUGUUGGGAUAUAUGUAGUAACAAAUGCCGGGAGAUCGCACGAAGUACAACCUUUCACAUACACGCCAGAACCAGCUAACAUUGUGGAGGUCAAUGUGAAGAAAGAGGUGCCAUCCCCAGCCCAGUCCUGCUCCUUCGAAGAAUCAGCUAAAGGCAUGGAAACCCCAAGCUGUACACUGGACAAGGCCAGUCUGCUCCCCAGUGCCUUGAUGACCCCAAUGCUGCCCCUGGUCAAAAAUGAAGAUGUCACCCCCAUGGAGGUGUCAUCCAACCAGACUGCACCGAACGUCUUCAAGACUUCUGAUGUUAUUGGAUCAGCACAGCAAACCUUGGACAUGAGUUUGAACAUAUCCUUGAGCAGCAUCCCUUUCUCCAACUCCCUGUCUCACCAGCUGGGGGAGCCAGAGCAGCACCAGGUCCAGUCCACAAGCUUUUCCAGCACUGAGCCUCUGAGCACUAUCCAGAAACAAGACAUUGCGCCAACCAGCCCCCUGCUCCAGCAGGUCACCCAGCAAUAUCAGAGACCCGAUCUCCUGCUGGAUCACAGGGAUGCUCUGUCCCAGGAGAGAGCGCCGAACGGAGAGAGUGUGAUGGAAAUGCAGCAGCUUGGCAAGACACCUCAACAACAGCAAUCCAUAAAUCAGCAAACCAUGCAGCAGCAACACACCAUGCAGCAGCAGCAACAGCACACCAUGCAGCAGCAGCAGCAGCAGCAGCAGCAGCAGCAACAACACACCAUGCAGCAGCAGCAGCAACAGCACACCAUGCAGCAGCAGCACACCAUGCAGCAGCAGCAGCAACAACAACAAACCAUGCAGCAGCAGCAGCAGCAAUCUAUACAUCAGCAACAACAACAAACCAUGCAGCAGCAAUCCCUGCAACAACUCUCGUCUAACCUCUUUCCAGCAGAUGGGGUGGAGCAGCUGGAAAGAGCUGUGCGUCAGCUUCAGGCUGGUUUUUCUAGGGGUAGUGAAGCCAGUCUUGUACAGCAGGUCCUGGAGGUGGCCGUCCAGCAGCAGCAGCAGCAGCAGCAGCAGCUGAACUCUGUUCUGUUCAGUCCCAGCUCUGGACCAGGGAGCAUGCAACAACAACCGCAAGAGAACAUGAACCACAUCUUCCAGCAGGUUAAUUCUUCUUCCAUGUUCCCAUCGCCUGACGCCACCAAGAAUCUGGAGAACACUGGGAUGCAGACUUCUGAGGGGUCACUAGCUAGCCAACAACAGCAACAGGCUCUGGAAAACUUAAGCCUCCAGCAGCAGUUGCAGUCAGAUCUUUUUCCCUCCCAGGUCCAGGGAGUUAUGACUGGCCAGAUCCCCAUGCAGUGUGGGUUGUUCCAGGGAGGCUCAGGGAAUGAAAAUCCCCAGCAGCAGCUCUCUCCACAGGGUUUAUUCCAGCCCCAAAGCACAGGGGAUCCUAGUGAAGAUGGUGGGUCUCGGCCCAAGCAGAUGCAGACCAGUGUAUUUCAGAACAUGGUGCAAACCCAGGGGCAGGUUGGGACCUGCUUUCAGACAUCUGAGAGCAUGAUCCACAGUGGCUCCCAGCAGCAAGGGUCAUUGUUCCAGCAAGCAGAGGAGAUGCUUUCCAUCCAGGUCCCCGGCUUUCUCCAGCAGUCUUCCUCACACCCUUCCCCUACUCAGCUGUUCCACUCCCAGAGCCCCAUGAGCGAUGCCCAAGACCCUCCGACAACCCUGUUUCAAAAUCAGAAACACUCCCCCACUCAGGAGCAGGUUCAAGCUGCCGUGUUUCAGAGCUCUCUGACAGUGUUGACCAACUCCCCCCUACACCCAGACCAGCAACAGCAUGGCUCGGGCCUCUUCCUGUCACAGAAUAAUGUGACCACACUGCAGUCUGGCCAGAUCGCUCAAGACAGCAAACAACAGCAACAACAACUUUCUUUCUUGACCUCUCUCCAGAGUUCAGGCUCAACUGAGCAGCAGUCUGUAUCUGUUUUCCAGCCCCAGGAUAAGAGCUCCCUCCUGCAAGAGAGCACCCCCAUGGAUCAGCAGCCACAGCAAGAUGCAGUGUUCCAGACCAUGUCAUCUUCAGCAAAUGGGCUGUCUCCGAGCCAGCAGGGGGCAUUCUUUCAGUCCCAGCAUUCUAUGGGCUCCUCUCAGGAGCAGCAGCAGCAACAGGCAGGGCUUCUUCUCUUCAGUGGACGGAAUCAGAUGCAGCAGUUAAACAGCAGUCUCCCUCCCCAGGAGCCUCAGAACCAGGCCAUGUUCCUGACCCAGUCCAACUUUGUGUCUGUCAGUCCACAGGAGCAGCCACAGCCGAUGUCUUUCCAAAACCAGAGCUCAGUGGCAGGAGGGACGCCACAGAAUGAGCAGCCUCAACAGGCCCUCUUCCACAACCCGCAGCAAAUGCAGUUAGGGCAGGGAACCAGCAGUUCCUCUGAGUCUCCAGUCACCAUCUUCAUGCCUCAGGCCUCCCUGCCUGCCCUUCAGGGUAGCAUGAGCCAACAGAAGCUGCCCCAAGCAACCAUCUUCAGCCCACAGACAAGCUCCCCCUCCCCAGUUCAACCACAGGGUGCACUGUUUCACACAGCUGUGACCAGAACGAUGAACCAGCCUGGCCAACCUCAGCAGACAUCAGGUCUGUUCCUCUUUGGUAUUCAGAAUGAAGAUUGCGGCCAGUUAAUCACCUCAGGAGGUUCCACUUUGUCAGAUCAAUUAAUUGCCAUCAGUCAGUCGGGUCAGAAUCAAAGUGAGAAAGAAGCCAGCAUCCAGUCUCUAUUAACACAGACAAUAUCAGAGCCAGGAACCAUCCCCAAUGCAAUGACUGCCUCUCAGAACAUGGAGAAGAUUGAUGACCUGCUGGUGAGCUUGCAGGACCAGAGCAACAUGACCCGUUCCUUCUAGAGCCUGAUGCAGGACCCAUGAGAAGCACAGCUUGGAGACGAUGGAAAGAUUAUUUGUUUUUACUCAGCACUGUAAAGAAGCUGAAAGUGGGAUGUGCUUACCAAGAGGGUCCCCAUGAAGGAAACUUGGCAUCAGGAUCUCAGAAGUGCAUUGUUCUUGCAUCCAUUUUUUAGAUAUGAUUUUAUGUCUCACUAUCUAUGGAUAGAGCUGUUUUUCGGGGGGGUUUUAGGCAAACUUGUGACAGUGUACAAAAAAUAUAAUAUCUAAAUGGUUACCCACAGUUGUCAAGAUUAUUCCAGCGUAGCUUUGCUAUUCAGCUGUUGCUAUAGAGAAAGCCUAUCAUGUAGCUGAUCUCAAGUUUGUUAAACUUCUGAAAUAUCUCAACACAGAAAUAUGUGUACAUAGUGCAAAGUAUACAAAAGUUCUGAUUUUGUAAAGUACUUCCGCUUUUGGGAGUGAAUCUGUUAUUCAUAAGCUCUGCAGAAUUAUGCAGAUUUUCAUCAAUUCUGAUCGCUACAUUAUUUUUGUGUUUCAGCUUUUCCUAACUACAAAUGAAUAAAUGUGCAGUAAAACUGUUUGUAUAGCAUUGCUUUUUCUUUGUUUGUUUUUUUAAAGAAGAUACUUUAAGUAAAACAGAAAACACUUUGUAAAAUACUUUUGACAUAAUAUCUUCAGCACUUUAUAAUGCUUUACUUUGUGACCCUGUAUCUGUCUAUUAACCUUUCCAUAAAUUUGUUAGUCAGCUAUUUAUGGUAAUAUUUUUAGAAAGUAUUCUGAAGUCUUUUAAUUGUAAUAUGGAAAUCCCUCUCCUUGUUUACUGUAUAUAUUUAUCAUAUUUUCUUACACUUUCACGUUGUUUGAGCCAUGCCAGAUUCUUUUUUUCUAUAUAUAUAUAUAUAUAUAUAUAUAUAUAUAUAUAUAUAUAUAUAUAUAUAUAUAUAUAUAUAUAUAUAUAUAUAUAUAUAUAUAAUGUGUGUGUGUACAUCUCUGACUAUCACCUUUAACUUUUUGUUUCUAUUUUAAUCACAUGUUUGGUAGAUUGUGUAACCUGUUUUUCAGUUCCUUGCAGAUUUAUGCCAGGGAUUGAGUGUAUUAAAGGUCAUUGUAAGGAAAACCAGCCUGUGGCUUUUGUGAACACAUUCUGACAGCAGUCAUUUUAUGCCUUCUUUUCUCCUGGUGCUAUGUGGUUGUAUUUUUGCAGAGUGGCUCUACUCCCUCUCUGACAGGGCAGUGCUGUAACAAGCAUGCUGAGCAGCUCUGUUGCUCUUCUCACAAAGCGCCAAUCUGUGUGUUUUCAGCAGUUAAGACUUUUUUACCCCACAGCCUUUUAAAUUCCAUCCCACCACACAGCCAGUUUUGUGGCUGAUGUGAAUGUUUGCUUCUAAAUUGUGGUCAUCUGAGCGUUGGCUUUUUAUGACCAAAAAAAGACGUAUCACUUUUAGGGCUGGGCAACAAACUACACAGGUAGGUGGGUAUUGAAAGUAACAUCAGCCCCUACAACUUUUUUUUAAAAGGUCAUUGACUUGUAAUUUUUACUUGUCAGACUUUACAAAAGCUCCAUAACCAAAUUCUUCGAAUAACUGUCUAGCAUGCAUCCCUUUGCACCAGGCCAAGUUGGAUCUAGUGAUGGCUGCAGAUGAGUGUCCUUUGAGCACCAGAGCUGGUUCUGAGUUUCUCUAUAUGAAAAAAGCAUAGUUCAGUGGGUAAAUUGUGUAACUUAAAUACAUUUGAAACAUACGAGUAACAUUAUUGUGAAGUUUUGUUUAAGGUUGUUGUUGUUGAGGGCCAUACAGUCUGAGCGCAACUGUACUCCUCGGUGUUAUACACUCGAAGAUCUAUUUAAAAAGGGACCUAGAUGGCAAAGCUGCAGUGUGCACUGCAAUGAAGAGCUGUCUGUGAAUUGCUUUCUUCUCUCCAAUUUACCUGUUGCUUUUGUUUGCAAUGUCAUUUAAUAUUUAUCUUUUGUUUGCGAUGUCAUUUAAUAUUUGUCUUUCUUAUAUAUAUAAAUAUAUGUCAAUAUUUUAAUAAUUAGCUUAAUUUUUAGCGGAUCUUUCUAAACAGCAUAUCGUGUGUGUUUGUAUAAAACCGCGCAUCACCAUUCUCCGUCUUAUCUUGUUUGGGCAAAUCGGGUUUUAUUUGCAAGAAUGUAUUGGAAGGUUUUUUUCUAUUUAUUUGUAUUGCCUGUGGGUCCCCAUGGAGACAACCAGGCAUUAUUUGAAAUGAGAUACAGUUUGUUGCAUAGAGAGGGAACUGGACUUCACAGUUAGUUUGUAUGUUAAGCCCAAAUUAGAAAAAAAAAUAAAAUAGAAAAACAUCUCUUGAAUAUGAACUUUUAAUUGUUUUACCGCACAUUAAAUGUUGACAAAACUUCCUAAAACUGAACUUAGAUUUUGCUGCUAUAUUUCAGGGGCCAACAGAAAUUGACAAAAAAAAAAUUGGGCACAAUAGCUGAUGAAAAAAAUAGACCUCAAUUUUGUUUGUUUGUUUUUUUCUUUCCCAAAGAAGUUUUAAAUAUAUAUUUUUUUAUAUACCAACACAUUUAAAAAAAAUAAAAGAUUUGACCAAAUACAUGUGUAUAAUUUCAGUUGUUUGUGUGCUUUUUGGUGGUUUUUUGUAGGUUAUGUAGGUCAGACCCAAGAAAGUAAAAUUGAUUCCUUACUAUAGUUUAACUUCAGUGCAGCUUGGUUAAAUCUAUCCCCAAUCUGUGUUACAAUUAAUAGAUAGCUUUAUGUUGUUUUUGUUGUGUUGUGAUGUACCUAGAAGGGCUACUUAUUUUAUUUUUAUUAUUAUUAAUUUAGGGGCUUACCGAUCUUUUUGUUUGUUUAUUUAUAUAAAUUGUAUUAAUUGUAUUUGUUUCUGCAUGAUAAAAAAGAGUUGUACAUUGUGCUCUUUUCAUCUUUUCAGAAGUAAUUGAAAAAAAAAUUAUAUAUAUAUAUAUAUAUAUAUAUAUAUAUAUAUAUAUAUAUAUAUAUAUAUAUAUAUAUAUAUAUAUAUAUAUAAUAUUUUUCACUCAAUGUGCAUCUUCACUGAGUUUCCCUUUUUAUCUGUCCUGUUUGAUGUGAAGUGAGUGCUGGGUUUUGUAAUCUGUAUGGUUUCAGUAGUUGACAUCUAGCACUGACUUAGGUGGUUAUGGGGAGUGCGGUUUGCGUACAUGUUUUUAGCUACCAUGUGAACAACCUAAAUAUGAAAUGAAAAAAUGUAUUUUGCUUUUGUUGGGGUGUUUGUAUACUCUUGCAAUUUAUAUUUCUGUAAACUUGCUGCUAUCUAUAGCAAUAAAAUAGUUUUAAAGUUUUA